GAUGUUUGUUGCCGCGAAACUUCCUGUUUAUUUUCUCCGAAGCUUCGCGUCAUUAUUGCCUUGUCUGGAACGAUCGAGACUGUCGUGCUCGAAACCAAACUAUACAUUUAGAUGUUAUAGAGAUUUGAAGUGUUGCCAUGUCAAGAACACUAUUUAUUCUGAUGUAUUUUCUAUUGGUACAAAACUCAAACAGUUUAAAACUGGAAGUUGCUAUGCAGAUAGUGGUGAAAUAUGGUGAAACCAUGGAAACACAAUGUAAACUUGUAGAUAUAAAUGUUGAUGAGUACACAGCGGAGGACAUUGCUUGGUAUAAGAAUGGAGAUGUAUUAUCUGAGGAUAUGUAUUCAGUUGUCAAUACAACCACAUCACUGUUAUCUCUAUCAAAUGUAACUUUUGAUGCAGAAGGCAAUUAUUCAUGUCAACUGAAUCAUCUUGAUCAAGUGGUUGCCAUAGCGACAACAGACAUUGUAGUUGGAAGGUCACCGAGUAUCGCUAAUUUUUCCUGUGUGUGUUACAACAUGGGUGAAAUGUGGUGCACCUGGGACCCAGUGGAUAGCAAUCUACCAACUCAGUAUGUGUUCACAUGGAGAUCGUUUUAUUAUUCUGGAAACCUCUGGAAUGACUGUCCAAAUAGCAUAACAAAAGGACCAAAUUCAUGCUAUUUUGAUACAUAUACUAACCUUGGUUCAGAACAUUCAAUGAGAGUCACCUCAACCAAUCAACUUGACACUGACAAUAAAAUAAUUGCAUUCAACCCAGACACCCAAUAUACACCGUUUCCACCAAAAAACUUGCAGCUUGAAUCUAGAACUGCCUAUUCUAUCUUGGCUUCGUGGACCCCACCUAUAAAAAACUCACUAAGGUAUAAAUUGCAGUAUCUCAGUGAGUGGGAGACUGAGUGGUCUCAGCCCACUGAUGAAUCACUAGAACGUACCAAUUUUGAGUUGUUUGGACUUAGACCCUAUACAUUAUACAAAAUAAGGGUGUCAUGCAGACCUGCUUACCGCUUGGGACGUUGGAGUGACUGGUCUGAUAUUAUAUCAAAGAAAACCAUGGAAGCAGCCCCAACAGAAGGAGUCAAGUUGUAUCUUUCUCGGGAAAUACUACAUGAUAACAAUAAACGUGAUGUCAUCAUAUCAUGGACACCACCACCAUUAAUAGAAAGAAAUGGAAACAUCACCAUGUACAGCAUUAAUGUUAAACCAGGCAACUUGGAUAGUAUUAUUGAUGCAAACAAUGGUGAAGAGUAUACUAUUAAAGGAUUAGAUAGCUAUAUAUCCUACUAUGUGUCUGUGAAAGCUAUCAAUAAUGCUGGUACUUCACCUCCCUCAGGAAUUUAUAUUUUGGAUAAAACAACAGCUCCUGGAAAACCAACAAUAACAAAUGUGACAUCAAUAAAUGAAGGCACAAUUGCUGUAUCUUGGGAAGAACCUGAUAAUCCUAAUGGUGCUAUUAUCAAUUAUGUCUUGUCCUAUGCUGCUAGUCCAACCAUUGGUGGAGAACAUCAACAGUGGCAUCGUAUAACAUUUAACAGUUCAGUGUUUUAUUUUGAAGUGAGCAAUCUAAAAAGUUUUGUUCAAUAUGAAUUUAAAAUACAAGCAAAGAAUAAUGUGGGUUUUGGUGGUAAUUCACACACCGUUACAGAGUAUACCAUGGAGGCAGAACCUACUGGUCCUGCAACCAAUUUAACUCUGCGUUCUAUAGAGUCUAAUCCGCACAGUUUAUCAGCCAGUUGGAUCCCUCCAUGCCUUGAUGAUAGAAAUGGAAUUAUCCGGGGCUAUAUCAUCAAAUAUUGCCCUCAUGUCAAGAAUGGUAACAUCUCUGGUCAGGCAUACCCUUGUGAAGAUCAGAUAAUAUACGAGGCUAAAUAUACUGUAGUCAAUCCUGAAUCAUUGGAAUCCAGUGCUUCCACUUGUCACUAUGACAUCACUAAUCUACGUCCAAAUACGGAGUAUGCAGUGUGGGUUUUGCCGUUUAAUAAUAAAGGUCUAGGAAGCGAGGCAACAAAUAUUGUAACUAGAAAAACUAGUGAAGGGACACCAGGUGUACCUGUAAAUUUGAAAGUGCAAGUUGUGACUUCUUCAGAACUUACUAUUAUGUGGGAACUGCCAGAAGAACCAAAUGCUGACAUUACUCACUAUAAUAUCACAGCAAUCCCAUUGAAUAACACCAACUGUCGCACACAAUAUCUGAAACCUAGGGUUAGCCCUAUAACAUUUCAAAAUCUAUGUGGAUUUGAAACAUACAUGGUGUUGGCAAGUGCUUGCAGUGAUUCCAAGAUACCAACAGUGUCAUGUGGAAGAUAUUCGUCACCGGUAUAUGUAACAACUACAAUUGGAGUUCCUGGUCCUGCCAGUAAUGUCAAUGCUAAUACUGAUGAUGGAUCUGUGAUUGAACUUGCCUGGUCCUCACCAAAAAGGCCUAAUGGACCUUUGACUGGCAUGGCAUACCAAGUAUCCUGUUGGAAUAAAAUCAACACCGAACCUGUUUCACUGGUUGUAGAUAGUAAUGAAGCCAAUAUACAAGUAGACUGUGAUAACAUUAAUGAGGGUUUACCAGGUAUUUGUACAGUGCAAGCAAUCAGCGCUGAAGGCCAGGAUGGUGCAAUAGUGGCUGCUGAAACGCAACCACUUGUAUGCUAUAAUACUGAAGGUGAUUACUCUUAUGAUGUGUGAAUCCCUGAUCUUGCUAUC